CGACCUUACAACUACACUGAAAACCCCAAUUUUUGUACUGUUCGUUAUUCCCAGAAUUUCCAAAAAACAAAACCAUGGUGGGAGGGAUAAUUCCUUGCCUUCGAAUGUUCCUCCUCUUGGCCUUCUUGUUCCCGGCUUUUGUCCAUUGCCGGGUUCGACAUUACACGUUCAAUGUAUUAAUGAAGAACACGACUCGUUUAUGUUCAUCCAAGCCUAUAGUAUCUGUCAAUGGAAAGUUUCCAGGACCAACUAUAUAUGCUAGGGAAGAUGAUACAGUACUAAUCAGAGUGGUCAAUCAUGUCAAAUAUAAUGUCUCUAUCCAUUGGCAUGGUGUUAGACAGCUCCGAACGGGUUGGGCAGAUGGUCCGGCAUAUAUUACACAAUGUCCAAUCCGACCAGGACAUAGUUAUAUGUACAAUUUCACCAUUACAGGCCAAAGAGGAACCCUUUUUUGGCAUGCACAUGUUUUAUGGCUAAGGUCCACUGUCCAUGGUGCUUUGGUUAUUUUGCCUAAGCUUGGUGUGCCUUAUCCUUUCCCUAAACCUGACCACGAAGCCGUCGUUGUACUAGCUGAAUGGUGGAAAUCUGAUACUGAAGCUGUGAUUAAUGAGGCAAUAAAGUCAGGGUUAGCCCCAAAUGUUUCUGAUGCUCACACUAUCAAUGGCCAUCCAGGCCCUGUCACAAAUUGCCCCUCACAAGGUGGAUAUAAGUUGAGUGUUGAUCCGGGGAAAAGCUACAUGCUAAGGGUGAUCAAUGCUGCACUGAAUGAGGAACUCUUCUUCAAGAUUGCAGGACAUCAAAUGACCGUGGUCGAGGUCGACGCCACCUACGUUAAACCCUUCAAAACCAACACCAUCAUGAUUGCGCCGGGGCAGACCACCAACGUCAUAGUAACCGCUAACCAAGGCUCCGGGAAGUACAUGGUGGCCGCAUCUCCCUUCAUGGACGCUCCCAUCGCCGUCGACAACCAGACCGCCACCGCCACGUUACACUAUUCCGGCGCCCUCUCCGGCCUCCGCACCGUCCUCACCUCUACGCCGCCGAAAAACGCCACCCCGGUGGCCAACAACUUCGUGGACGCUCUCCGGAGCCUAAAUUCGAACCAAUACCCGGCCCGAGUCCCUCAGACCGUUGACCACUCGCUCUUCUUCACGGUCGGGCUCGGGCUCAACCCGUGCCCGUCUUGCAAACCCGCCAACGGGAGCCGGGUCGUGGCCAGCGUGAAUAAUGUUACAUUUGUCAUGCCCACCGUGGCGCUCUUGCAGGCGCAUUUCUUUAACCUAAAAGGGGUUUUCACGACGGAUUUUCCCGGGAACCCGCCGUUUGCUUUUAACUACACCGGCGCCGGACCGGCGAAUUUGCAGACGAGUACCGGGACAAAGGUGUAUAGGCUGCCGUACAAUGCGACGGUUCAAUUGGUGUUACAGGAUACCGGAAUUAUAGCCCCGGAGAAUCACCCGAUCCAUUUGCAUGGGUUCAACUUCUUCGCCGUGGGCCGAGGAAUUGGGAACUUUAACCCGAAAACCGACCCGGCUAAUUUCAAUCUUGUUGACCCGGUUGAGAGGAACACCAUUGGCGUUCCAGCUGGUGGAUGGGUCGCUAUAAGAUUCCGAGCUGAUAAUCCAGGGGUUUGGUUUAUGCAUUGCCAUUUGGAGGUGCACACAACGUGGGGGCUAAAAAUGGCAUUCCUAGUCGAUAAUGGCAAGGGUCCAAAUGAGUCUCUUUUGCCACCUCCAAAAGAUCUUCCCAAAUGCUAAUGACAAGUCAAUAGACUAUCCACUGAGAGAGCAACGAUUAUCGCGGAACAAGAUAUAGAUGAAUACAUAUAUUGUUUUGUCGAGUAAAAGUAAAAUUUUGCUCGAGCGAAUAUAUAAAUAAUUACAUGCAUGUACAUGUUUGUAUAUGCACAAUUCUUUGUCACUUGUCAUAUUUAAUUAAAGCAUCAAAAUAUAGCAAUCAUGCUCAAAUUCAA